AUGGUGGCAUUCAAGCAUUUCGUCCAAAUCAAUGCUACAUCGUUUCCAAAUUUUGCGAUACCGUGCGGAGGGUUCUGCAAUCCUUUUGGUAACAGUUCGUCGGAGUUUGCUGUAGCCUGCUGUAACUACUACUUCUUUCUUCACAAUGAGUUUUCAAGCAUCAAGACCAGUUGGGCGUCAGCAGAAAGCGUAUGCGGAUAUCUGGGAGGUCACUUGGUUUCAAUACAGUCGGAUACGGAAAACGACUACGUUGCACGACUAAUACUUACCUGGCAUUCAGCGAGGUUUACAUUCGGAGCAUAUGUGAGUGGAGGGACGUGGAAAUGGACCGACUAUACAGCCGGAUUCGCUUACUCGAACUUCAAAGGUUUAUUAUAA